GUGAGAACUCAUUCAUCACCAUGGCGCCAAACCUCACAGAAGACGAAAUCGAUGACGUGGUGUACUUUGCCAGAGUGGGCGAAGAUGCUGAUCUCGUUGAGACCCUGACAACCCUGUCAGAGCGCGAGAAGGUGUCACCAGCUGAGAUCCUGUUGGCCGCCAAGGAUGAGGGCAAGUCAACGGCUUUGCACAUGGCGGCAGGAAAUGGCCAUCUAGAGACUGUUCGCAAACUCAUUCAGUACUUUGAUGAGAGACCCAAGGAAGAGAAGCAGGCUUUCCUGGAUGACGCCAAUGAGCACGGAAACACUGGUCUGCAUUGGGCAGCACUCGGAGGCCACCUGGACGUCGUCAAGCUUCUCAUGGCACAGGGCGCUUUGCCGGCAGUGGCCAACGAGCGAAACUACGUCCCCCUCGACUUGGCCUACCAGAACGAGCACAAUGAGGUGGCGCAAUUCUUCUUGGCCUCUGCGGGCAUGCUGGAGGAGAAGAACCAGGAGAGUGGACUGAACGGCGCCGUUGAGUCGGUCAAGCUUGAGGAUGGAGAAGGCGCAGAGGAGGAGAACGAGGCUACAGCAUCAUGAGUUUUGGGAAAUGCGAGAAAAUUUUCAUUGGCAACAGGGUACGAAAGAUCAAGGGACAAGGCCGAUAUGAAUGGGCCUGUCGCGGCAACGGCAAAAAAGGAUACCAUACGUGUAUAUUCUUGGGGUGGCGAAUCGCUUCGGAUAGAUUUCAAAGAGAGUUUGGCUCUUGAGUUAAAUGGGUUCGAGAAGAUUACACCAAGGUGGUAGUCGUAUCUAGCGAUACUUAUCUGGGGUGACACCGUAUUCAGAGCUUAGGCGAGAGCCUAGAUCAUCCUCAAGGUUACUGGUGCGAAGCCAUGAUAGCUUUUAUGAUCAUGAGAAUAGUUGGAUGGUAAAAGCGGCAAAAGAAGGAUGGACGGUUUCGUGGCACAUGGACUGCGGAGUAUAGAGUAUGGGCUAUUAUAGAAUGUUGAUCGACCCGUAUUAUUGAAGCAUAUUCCGAAUGCCUACCCAAUAUCAUGAUAGAGAAUCGAUAGUAC